CAAACUGCCGCUAGCUUCAACAACGGCAUCUAAUUUACCCCAAGAAUCCAGCAGCCCUUUGGAACUUUAUCCCUCCUUUUUACAUAGUCAUUACUAGCUGCAUACUAACCUGCAUUUUGUCUGGGCAACUCACAGUAGAAUUGGUGGCUUAUGGAAAAUAGCGGGAUUCGAUGAACAAAGCCGAGUCCAUCUCUAGCCGAACAAAGCUCCCGUGGUCCCCGUGUCGAGCGAAAAACGGAGAACUUGAAAAGAGUCCAUCAUGAGAAUCCCUUGCCUUACAUGAAGCCUUCUGUCUUUUCUUCCGUGUUUACUUGCUAUUGUAAACCAUCAUCCAUCCGGAGGAUAUUUUAUAUAUAUAUUAUUUUCAUUGUUUUCUCAUUUUAACCAGCCUCAUUAACCAAGCACAUAUAAUACCGUUAUAAUGCCGUCAGCAGCGAUGUGUAUGAGAACGCUUAGAGCGUAUUCAAGAUAUGGUUCAAAUCAUACUAGAAUCCUCUCUAGGGCGUUCUCGGCGACAUCCCGUCGCGCUGAGAUCAACAAGGUGUAUCCCUCAGCUUCUGAGGCUCUCAAAGACAUGAAGCCUGACUCAACCUUGUUAUGUGGUGGAUUUGGUCUUUGCGGUGUUCCGGAUACUCUAAUUGACGAAGUGCUGAACAAACCUGAGGUCAAAGGCCUCACAGCAGUCUCAAAUAACGCCGGAACAGAUACUUCUGGCUUAGGAAAACUGCUAAAAUCCAAGCAAGUGAAGAAGAUGGUCGCAAGUUAUAUUGGCGAGAACAAAGUUUUCGAGCAAAUGUACCUGACGGGAGAGGUGGAAUUGGAGCUCACACCCCAAGGUACGCUAGCUGAACGAUGUGCUGCUGGCGGCAAAGGUAUACCCGCUUUCUACACGCCCGCUGCUUUUGGCACCGUGGUGCAAACCGGCGACCUCCCUCUCAGGAAUAAGAGCGAUGGAACCCCCGAUGUCUUCUCUUACCCGAAGGACGUAAAAGUCUUCAAUGGUAAAUCCUACCUUCUGGAACACGCCAUUGACGGGGACUAUGCUUUCGUCAAGGCCUACAAGGCGGACAAAUUAGGGAACUGCCAGUUCCGCCUUGCCGCCCACAACUUCAACGGAGCCAUGGGCCGAAAUGCUAAGAUGACCAUUGUGGAAGCCGAACAUAUUGUUGAACCGGGUGAGAUCUCACCCGAGGCCGUUCACUUGCCGGGGAUCUAUGUCAAGAGGGUGAUUCAGAGCAAAGCAGAAAAGAAGAUUGAGAAGUUCACAUGGAAGAAGGACGACAAUGAUGCAGAUGCGAAAAAGGCGCUUGGAUCCGGUGACACGGCCACUAAGAGGGAAAGAAUCGUCCGCAGAGCAGCUAAGGAGUUCAAGAACGGCAUGUACGCCAAUCUCGGAAUCGGAAUGCCUAUGCUUGCACCAGGAUUCGUUGGUCCCGAAGUCGAGGUUCAGUUGCAGUCUGAGAACGGGAUCCUAGGCCUAGGACCCUACCCAGUAAAGGGCGAGGAGGAUGCUGACCUAAUCAACGCCGGAAAGGAGACUGUGACACUGAAGCCGGGUGCUGCGGUAUUCGGUAGCGAGGAGAGCUUCGGCAUGAUCCGCAGCGGCCGAAUCAACUUGACGAUCCUAGGAGCCAUGCAGGUCAGUGCUACGGGUGAUCUGGCGAACUGGAUGUUACCCGGAAAGGUCAAGGGAUUCGGCGGAGCGAUGGACCUCGUCAGCAACCCGAGCGCGACGAAAGUCGUUGUCACGAUGGAGCAUACGGAUAAAAAGGGCAACGCGAAGAUUGUCAAACACUGUGCUUUCCCCUUGACGGGUCGGGCCUGUGUCUCUAGAAUCAUCACGGAACUGGGUGUGUUUGACGUUGAUUUUGCUCACGGCCUUACCCUGAUCGAGAUUGCGGAUGGUGUAACAGUGGAGGAGAUAAAGAGCAAGACUGAGGCGCCAUUCCGCGUCGCGGAGGAUCUCAAACCUAUGCUAUAAAAUUGAUGACGGGCAUGAUGGCGGGCAUGAUGAGCGAGGGGAAUGUAGUUACAGUAUGAAUAUGUGUAUAAGGUGAAUUUAACAAUAAGCAUUGAUCUUUA